AUCACAAUUCCGCAUCACCGCCUUGCUUUACCUUGAAGACUUGCUCGUCGUGCUUUUACCGUCGCUGCGAAAAGCGACUCGCGGUCGCAAUGGGGAAGCUAAUUCGGCUCGAGCUUUACAAUUUCAAGUCCUACAAGGGUCACCAUGUGCUACUUUUUGGUGAUGCCUAUUUCACUUCUAUCAUCGGCCCCAACGGGUCAGGAAAGUCCAAUUCGAUGGAUGCGAUUUCGUUCGUCCUAGGAAUCAAAUCAUCGCACCUCCGAUCGACCAACCUGCGCGAUCUUAUCUAUCGAGGCCGUGUCUUGCGCACAUCCAAACUCGACGCCGAUGGAAAUGUGAUAGAUGGAGAGACAAACGGGACGGAGCCGACCCAAGAUGAAAACGACGUGGAACCAUCGCAGGAUGCCAGCGGAAACGAUCCCCGAACCGCAUGGGUUAUGGCCGUCUACGAGGACGACGCAGGCGAAGAGCAGCAGUGGCGCCGAUCUAUCACUAGCCAGGGAGUCAGCGAAUACCGAAUCAACAACCGUACCGUCACCGCCCAGCAGUACAACGAAGCCCUGGAGGCGGAGAACAUUCUCAUCAAAGCUCGCAAUUUCCUCGUCUUCCAGGGUGAUGUGGAAGCAAUCGCAUCGCAAUCCCCGAAGGAUCUUACGCGCUUGAUCGAGCAGAUUUCGGGCAGUCUGGAAUAUAAGGCCGAGUACGAACGGCUCAAGGCGGAGGCGGAGGAGGCUGCGGAGCAGCAGACGGUUCAGCUUAACCGCCGCCGAGCUAUCAAUUCCGAGAUCAAACAGUACCAGGAGCAAAAGCGGGAGGCUGAGAACUACGCGCGCAAGGCCGAAGAACGUGACCAGGCCAUCAUUACUCAUAUUCUGUGGAAACUCUUCCAUUUCCAGCGCAUGAUUGACGAUUCUAGCGCCGAGAUCCAAAGGUAUCAGGACGAGCUCAAGGAGUACCGCCGAGGCGUGGAAAAGUACGAGCGCAAUGUCGAAGAUGCAAAGAAAUCUCACGCCAGGGUCGGUCGCGAUGUGGCAACUGCGGAGAAGAACAUUGUGAAGAAAGAAAAGGAGAUCGAGGAGUCGAUGACUGCCCUUGUUCCGAUUGAUGAAAAGGUCGACAUCACGAAGAAGAAAGUAGAUCGGUUCAAUUCACGUAUCGCAGAAAUUGGCAAAGAACGUGACACACAAUCGGCUAGCGUCAAGCAGCUGCAAAAAGACCUCAAGGUUGUCGAGAAAGCUCAGGCUCAAUGGGAGACUGAGUGGCAAAAGACUCUGAGCAAGCAAGGUCGCCAGCUCAGCCAAGCUGACCAGCAGGAGUACAAUAAGCUCAAGGAAGAAGUCAACAAGCGAUCAUCUGCUGAGCAGCUGAAGCUCGACAACCUCCGGCGUCAACGAAAGACCGACGGCGAAGCCUACAACAGCCUGAAGAGCAAAUUCGACAGCACACAGUGGCAGCUCGAGGCAUUGGAAGCCGACACAAAGUCCCUUUUAGAGCGCAAGGCAGCCGCCAACGAGACCGUCAAAACGACUUCCAAGGAAAUUGACAAGAAGAAGAAGGAGCUCAACGCUAUUACUUCAGAAAGGCUGCGCGCAUCGCAGAUGAGGACUGAGCUGGAAGAGAAGCUCCAGGCUGUUUUGAAGAAACUCCUCGAAGCUGACGAUGGGAAGAAACAGUCAGAGCGAGAAAUCCGAGCAAAGGAACUUAUCCUGACACUCAAGCGCAUCUUCCCAGGCGUCAAAGGUCGUGUCAGUGACCUGUGCAAACCCAAGCAGAAGAAGUAUGCCGAUGCAGUCAGCACUGUUCUAGGACGCCACUUCGAUGCCAUUGUUGUGGAUAACGAGAAGACCGCGAAGGAAUGUAUCCAGCAUUUGCGUGAUCAGCGAGCAGGCCAGGCUACUUUUAUUCCUCUGGAGACCAUUCAAGUUAAAGCUCUCAACUCGAACUUGAAGGGCAUGCACCGUGGUAUGCGCCCGGCAAUUGAGACUGUCGAUUACGAUGAUUCAGUCUCGAGAGCCAUCACUUAUGCUUGCGGAAAUGCCAUCGUGUGUGACGACCUCGCAACUGCCAAGUAUCUCUGCUAUGAAAGACAUGUGGACGCCAAGGCUGUAACUCUUGACGGCACUGUAAUCCACAAGGGAGGUUUGAUGACCGGUGGUCGUGGACCUCAACAAAACUCCAAACGCUGGGAAGACUCGGAAGUAGAGAACCUUUUCAAGCUGAAGGAUAAGCUUAUGGCCGACCUCGCCAAUCUACCGAAGGGCCAUCGCCGGGGAACCGAGGAGGAGACCCUGCAAGGUGAACUUGUCGGUUUGGAGCAACGUCUUACCUACGCUCGUGAAGAGCUGAAGGCUCUUGAAAGGAACUUGAAGAGCAAAAACACCGAACUAGACUUUGCCAAACGCCAGCUCGAGGAUCUUCGACCCAAGUAUACCGAGAAGCAGGAGACAUUGGAUGAACUUGACGAGGCCAUUGCUGCCUCUCAAGAUUCGGUCAGCAAUGUCGAGGAUGAGAUUUAUCGCAAGUUCUGCAAGCGACUUGGAUACAGCAACAUUCGCGAGUAUGAAGUACAACAAGGCUCUCUGCAUGAAGAGGCUGCACAGAAGAAGCUCGAGUUUACGACGCAAAAGAGCAGAAUCGAGAACCAGCUUAGCUUUGAGCAGCAGCGACUACAGGCUACCAGUGACCGCAUUGCUAGCCUACAGACGCAGCAUCAGCGCGAUGCAGACCUGAUCCAGGAGCUCGAGGCUGAACAAGAGGAGGUUCGGAAUAGGCUUGAUGAGCUUGAGGCCGAACUCGAGAUCCUUCGGGAGAAACUCGACGAGCAAAAGGAGAAAUACGCCCAGUCGGCCGAGAACCUCGCGCAGCAUCGACGAGAGCUUCAGAAACGCAGCCGGGACGUCGAAUCUACACUGAAAUCCAUCAACGGUCUGGAGACGGAGAUCCAACGUAACUCGUCAAGCCGAUAUGCCCUCCUUCGACGUUGCAAGCUUGAAGACAUUGACAUUCCAUUGACCGAGGAUUCAAACCCGCUCGACCAGCUUCCUAUCGAUGAGCUUGUCCAAGGAGCUGACCCAGAUGCCAUGGAUGUGGAUGGCACACAAGGCGACGGUGGCGACUUUGCCGUGCAGGACUAUGGUAUAGAAGUGGACUUUGAUUCACUCGGCGAUACUCUUAAGGAGGAUUCCGAUGAAAAACUUGAAGAAGAACUGCUGGAGAAGGUCCGGAAUCUCGGCAGCGAACUUGACAAGAUGGCACCGAAUACCCGCGCAAUGGAGCGCUUGGAGAGCGUUGAGAACAAGCUUAGAGGCACAGAAAAGGACUUUGAGUCAGCACGAAAGCAGGCUCGCAAGUCCAAAGAAGAUUUUGAAGAGGCAAUGCGUCGUCGGUCUGAACUCUUCAACAAAGCUUUCUCCCACAUUUCCGAGCAGAUUGGUCCUAUUUAUCGGGAGUUGACCAAGAGCACCAACUACCCCUUGGGAGGACAAGCGUAUCUCGAUAUCGAGGACUCGGACGAGCCGUACCUCGACGGCAUCAAAUACCACGCUAUGCCUCCGCUGAAGCGUUUCCGCGACAUGGAACAUCUGUCAGGUGGUGAGAAGACCAUGGCCGCUCUCGCUCUCCUGUUCGCCAUCCAUUCGUACCAGCCCUCGCCAUUCUUCGUCCUGGACGAAGUUGAUGCUGCGCUUGACAACACUAAUGUCGCUCGUAUCGCCAACUACAUCUACGACCAUGCCGCCCCUGGAAUGCAGUUUAUUGUCAUCAGUUUGAAGAACGGACUGUUCCAGAAUAGUGAGGCAUUGGUUGGUAUUUACAGAGACCAGGUGGAGAAUAGUAGUAAAUCCUUGACUCUUGAUCUUCGGAAGUACAACUAGUAACGUACUAUGGCUGUUUACUUCUCCAAGGUGUCUAAGGGGGUCCGUUUGAUCUAUAUUUACUUAAUGACGUGUAAAGUAGCUUUGCAAUGCGAAUACCUUUUCGAUUUCGAGUUUAUGGGCUGUUUAUUUCGCGCUUUCCAGGAUCUGUGUGCAGUGUUUAGUCUUGCAUGAGCGAGAAACACAU